AGAAGGCAUCACCAUGCAAAUAGAUGUGCAGUUAAAAGUUGCAACAUCUGCAUGUGUGAUCUGCAAAAACUAACAGGAAAAAGUUAUACAUUGUGGGCCAUACAUUUUCAUAGGCUACAUGUUGGACUUGAUGAGAUUAAAUAUGGAUUCAUGUAGAAAUGGGCCAUAUCAUGUAUUGCUAGUUUUAGUUCAUUGUGAAUAGAUAGAUACUGUACAUCCGUCAACAUCCUUGACCCAAGGAUGACAAUCAUUGUCAUUGGACACACUGGUGAUUUGGUAAAAUAAUUCACUGAGUUGGUGCAAUGAUUUCUCUUAGACUCUGUCUUUCGUUCUGUCUUUAUUUUUUUCUUCCUGCCUUGCCAUGCCCUUUUACAGCUAUGGAGAACAACACCUGUGUACCUGGGCAGCCAUGUCCGCCUUUAUGUGUGACUGUCAAUGGCUCACUAAAGUGCACGUGUCCAGAAGGAUACAACUUGACUGAUGAUGACACAUGCUCACCAAUGGAAGAGAGCAACUGUGUUCCUGGAGAGCCGUGCCCACCUACGUGUGUGUUUGUGGACGGAUCACUGAAGUGCACAUGUCCAGAGGGAUAUGUCUUGAGUGACGACAGUGAAAUAUGCUUUCCUGGGGAGAACAACACCUGUGUACCUGGACAGCCAUGUCCGCCUUUAUGUGUGACCGUCAAUGGCUCACUAAAGUGCACGUGUCCAGAAGGAUAUGCCUUGAGUGACGAUAGUGAAACAUGCUUACCAAUGGAGGAGAGCAACUGUGUUCCUGGAGAGCCGUGCCCACCUACGUGUGUGUUAGUGGACGGAUCACUGAAGUGCACAUGUCCAGAGGGAUAUGCCUUGAGUGACGACAGUGAAAUAUGCUUUCCUGGGGAGAACAACACCUGUGUACCUGAACAGCCAUGUCCGCCUUUAUGUGUGACCGUCAAUGGCUCACUAAAGUGCACAUGUCCAGAGGGAUACACCUUGAGUGACGAUAGUGAAACAUGCUUACCUAUGGAUAACAGCACCUGUGUACCUGGGCAGCCAUGUCCGCCUUUAUGUGAGUUAGUGGACGGAUCAUUGAAGUGCACAUGUCCAGAGGGAUAUGCCUUGAGUGACGACAGUGAAAUAUGCUUACCCAUGGGUAACUACACCUUUGUACCUGGGCAGCCAUGUCCGCCUUUAUGUAUGACUGUCAAUGGGUCUCUAAAGUGCACGUGUCCAGAUGGAUACACCAUGACAGAUGAUGAUACAUGCACACCAAUGGAGGAGGAGAGCAACUGUGUUCCUGGAGAGCCGUGCCCACCUACGUGUGUGUUUGUGGAUGGAUCACUGAAGUGCACAUGUCCAGAGGGAUAUGCCUUGAGUGACGACAGUGAAACAUGCUCACAGGAAGUACGUGCAGAGGUGACAGAGAACGCAUGCAUGUGCGAGGCCCAGAUUGCCUUCCAGAAGAAGAUGCAAGUGACCAUUCAGGACCUCACCAACAAACUGGCUGAUGUCACCCGACAACUUCAGGAAGUUCAAGGCAUGCGGUGAUUCCAGAGAUGGCAAAAGAUGAAAAAGUACACGUUUAAAAGUCCUAUUUAAAAGUCCUUCCUCUUUAACCAGUUAUGUACAAGGUUAGAUUUAAGUCUUUGCAUUUCAUGCCGUGUAAACUUGGUGCUUUCUGUAAAAGAUGACAAAAAAUAAAAUUAAGAAUAUGUAGGCCUACAUGUAUGCAUAUUUAAAAUGUGCAAUUUGCCCACCUUGUCAGUAAUGUGUUUAUAACCCCAAACUUCAGUUUGUUGGAUUUUGGGGAGGUUUUAUAACCUACUUCAUGUUUGUUUGUUUGUUUGGUUUUUUUUUUGUCUUUUUACACAUUUUCUUAAAAUUAUUUCACUGUGAUUUGUAACCUUCAGAAGGUUUUUUAUGAAGAUAAAUAAAGUUAUCUUUGUAUUGUCUGUAAAGUUAAAAGCCGAUAUUUUGAGCUGUAGGCCAUGCCUGCAUAUGUUAUUUGAAUAUGAAGAUGUGAUGGCAAUAAAU